AUGGCGGAGCUCGAGCUCGCCAUCACCUGUGAACAUGGCCAUGCUGGUGACGCUCCGGCGAGGGGAGAGGCGAACAAGGCGGCCGCGCUGUGGCGGAAAGAUGGUGUGGCAGCUAUGGUGUCACAUAGAAAUUUUUCUGAUGAGUCCUCUACUCUCUGCCCUGGGAAGAAAGAUUCUUGUUUAGAGUUUCAGAAAUGUUGCAAGAUCAUCGUGAACCUCACGUGGCAAUCUCAAUCUGCCUGGCCGUUUCCUCUGCCUGAUCAAUUGAUGGCCAGAAUGCCCUUACUGGCUGCGGCUGCGGCGGGAGGACGCCGGCGUCUCGUCGAUCUGUGCGCAACGGCUCCCACGGCGUUCAACUGGCAGGAGCCGCUGGGACAGAACGGCAUCCCACCAUGGUCAUCAUUGCCAAGUGAGACAAAAAACCAGGUGUUGUUCGGCGCCUCCUUCUUGGCGUUCCUAUUGGUUUGCUUGGGUGUCUGCUGCCUCUUCUGCCGCAAGGACAAGGACGACGAGCAGGAUACCAGCUGGUUUGUUCUUGGACUGUGGAGCAACAGCGACGACGGUGAAGCUGUCAGCGCUCCACCGCCGCCACUGCAGGAGCAGCAACCGCUGCCCGCAAGCGGUGAUGGCAGUGCACCGCAGAGCAACAGCGGCCAAGAUGACAGACCUCCGCGGCGGCGGUGGCGGCAGCAGCCGCCAGCCGUGGCAGAGGUGCCCGCGGCCGACGUGGAGGUAGCGCUGGGCGAGGUGCAGUUGACGCAGGCCGGCGUGGAGUGGAUGCUGGAAAACAUGGAGUUGCUGGCGCCGGCGGCGGACGUGGACAUGGCGCCAGCGGCUGACGUGGAGAUUGCGCCAGCACCGGAGCCGGCGCCAACGCUCAAGUGCACGUUCAGUACGGCGGAGGGGUGGACCGAGGGGACGUGCUCCGUGUGCCUGUCGGAGCUGGUCGACGGCGAGAAGGUGAGGGUGCUGACAGCGUGCAUGCACUACUUCCACGCCACCUGCAUAGAGACGUCGCUGCGCGGGAACGCCACCUGCCCACUCUGCCGCGCCCGGCAGACCCAAACCUGGGCCUAG